AUGGCUGCACAGAAACACCCCAUGGAGACGUACCAUGGCAUUGUACGGACCCCAGCGGAUGCAAUCAAGCUAUUUGAGGCCUGUAGAUUAGGCCUCCUUCCGCGUGUGCAGCGGAGGUUGUCGGAAAAGGAACGCCAGGCCAUCAGAUCCGGCUCGGUCUUCGUAUGGGACGAGCGGGAAGCGGGCAUGCGGCGAUGGACCGACGGCAAAUCGUGGAGUGCCAGCCGCGUCUCUGGCAGCUUCUUGACCUACCGUGAGAUGGAAGGCAAACGAGGGAGUGGGUUCAACACCAUGCGGCGCGUGAGCGGCAAGACGCCCGACUCGUCCGGCCGUGGAAGCGACGAGGAUCAGGACGACGGAGAACCCGACGGUUAUCGCUACAAAGCCGAUGGUCUGAUGAAGCAGUCGUUUAGCAUCACCACAUCCAAUGGCCAGCAUCUGCAUUUGAUCUCAUACUACGCCCGGCCAGCACCUGGCGAGCCCGAUCUGCCCCAUCCAACUACCGAUCUCACUCUGCGCAGCGUCAUUCCCGUCAAGGGAAUGUAUCCGGAGUCGAGUAUGAGUGACAACACGCCCAUCCCCGCCGUUGCGCGGGUGCCCAUGAACCAGCAGCCUCCGCAGCACCACUACCACGCACUGCCGCCAUACAGUGGGCCGCCUCAACAGCUGGGUCCCGGCCACCACCAGCCGUAUCAGCCGUACGGCCAGCAAGGCUACUCCUGGCCACCCUCGCCCAUUGCCACGCCACCUUACAGUCACUACUCCCCAGCCUCCGCCCCAUACCAACAGCAGCAGUCUCAUCAGCCUCAGCACCAGGGCCAGCAACACUCUCGUACGCCACCACCACCUCCGCCCUCAACCUACUACACCGCCCACCAACAGGCGCCGCUCUCACAUUCCCUCCCACCUUACAGCAACCCACCGCCGCAGUAUGAUCACCGCAUGCCCCUGCCGCCACCACAAGCCUCCGGUCCGGGCAUCUCGCGGGCAACGCCUUCGUAUGGCCAGCAGUCACCGAUGGGACCAGGCAGUGGAAGCCAUCUCCACCAUCUGUCGAGGUCCCCUGGAUCGCUCUAUCGCCAAUCGUUGCCGGCGCUCCCUCCGGUCUCGUCUGCGUCUUCCGCGUCUUCCGCGUCGUCGUCUGCAUCGUCCGCUGCGGCAUCGGCGAAUACCGCUGCAUCUUCAUACGGUGCACCCCCUGGGUCCAGGACCAACCUUCCUCCAGUGUCGCUGUCGCUGCCGGCGCUUUCCUCGACAAUUGCUGCACCAGCCAGCAGUCUGCCACCAACCCAGUCGUCUCCUCGGCGGCUCUCUCCAUCACCAACGAACGGGCACUCAUACCCGGUUACUUACACGAAUGGCGCCUCAUGUGGUGCCAAUGGUAGCAAUAAGGCCAGCUUGUCAGCGCUGCUGCACCCAACGCAGUCAUCGUCAGAGGCUGCCGUCGCUCACGCUGCCAACACCAACAGCGCUGGCAGCUCGCCGCGGCAUCUGGGAUUCCCUCCUUCGGUUGCCGCGCCGUCACCGAGCGCAGGCGGGCCGGGCGCCGGCAGUGCCGGAAACGGUGCCCCACUUGCAAUGGUGCCCCAGCAGUUCUUGCAGCCCGCGCCAUCAGGCGAAGACACACGCGCCUUGUCAAGGCUAGACAGAAAGUUUUGCAUUUAA